AUGAAGGUCCUGUGGGCUGUGUUGCUGGUCACGCUCCUGGCAGGAUGCCAGGCCGAAGUGGAGGAGGUUGUCAGGCCAACCGCGGAGCCAGAGCUGAGGCCGGCCACCCAGCCCUGGGAGCAGGCGCUGGGCCGCUUCUGGGACUACCUGCGCUGGGUGCAGGCGCUGUCUAACAAGAUGCAGGAGGAGCUGCUCAGCACCCAGGUCUCCCAGGAACUGUCGAUGCUGAUGGAGGAGACCAUGAGGGAGGUGAAGGCCUACAAGGAGGAGCUGGAGGCGCAGCUGGGCCCCAUGACCCAGGAGACGCACGCCCGCCUGUCCAAGGAGCUGCAGGCGGCGCAGGCCCGCCUGGAGUCGGACAUGCAGGACGUGCACACCCGCCUGACCCAGUACCGCAACGAGGUGAAGAGCAUGGUGGGCCAGAACUCCGACGAGCUGCGGAGCCGCCUGACCUCCCAGCUGCGCAAGCUGCGCAAGCGGCUGCUGCGCGACGCCGAGGACCUGCAGAAGCGCCUGGCGCUCUACCGGGUCGGGGCGCGCGAGGGCGCGGAGCGCGGGGCGGGCGUCCUCCGCGAGCACCUCCUGCCGCUGCAGCAGCGCGCCUUCACCGUGGGCCAGCCGCUGCGCGAGCGGGCGGAGGCCUGGAGCCAGCGGAUGCGCGAAAAGCUGGAUGCGAUGGGCACCCGCGCCCGCGACCGCCUCGACGACAUGCACGACCAGAUGGAGGGGCUGCAGGCCAAGAUGGAGGAGCAGGCCAACCAGAUGCGCCUGCAGGCCGAGGCCUUCCAGGCCCGCCUCAAGGGCUGGUUCGAGCCGCUGGUGCAAGACAUGCAGCGCCAGUGGGCCGGGCUGGUGGAGAAGGUGCAGUCGGCCCUGGGCGCCAGCCCCACGGCACUGCCCGUCGAGAAUCACUGA